AUGAUUUUGAAAGAUAACAGUCCUAAGGUAGCUGAUCAGUGCGGUUCUAUUCCUUCGAGUAGUUCGGAUGGGGAAGAAGAAGCAUUGAAUUUCAUAGCAGAUUCUUCGGAUCGUGUAUACUGGCCGCCAAGAGAAAAUACUGCGUUCAUUGCACCGUGGUGUCGACGAAAAUAUGCACUUUCUUUGCGAGGGUUACACGAAGAAUUACUAGAUCUGUAUGCAUGGUUGAAGCCAUCCCCAUUGGAAAAGGCAUUACGACUUCGUGUAUUCGAACGAGUUCGUGAAGUUCUGCAACGAAUUUGGCCAGCAGCAAAGAUUGGUGUAUUUGGCAGCCUGUACACGAGCUUAUUUUUACCUACCUCAGAUAUCGAUGUAGUUAUCGAAAGUGAUUUAGUGAGUGAGGAACCACCGCUCUGGAAAACGGCAGUAGCAUUAAAAGAAUCUGGAAUUACGGAAUCAAUCAGUGUGCUUGAUAAAGCAUUUGUACCAAUCGUGAAGAUGGUCGACAAAGAUACCAAGAUAUACCUGGACAUAUCAUUUAACACAGUACAGGGUGUGCGUUCGGCAAAAUUUAUUGAAGAUAUGAAAAUGCGGUAUCCCGUGCUCGAACCACUGGUGUUGGUCCUCAAACAGUUUUUGAUGCAGCGGCAGUUAAAUCAAGUAUUCACGGGUGGUUUGUCAUCUUACGGACUUAUUUUAAUGCUAAUUAGUUUCUUACAGCUUCACCCAUCGUACGAUUAUUCAUACAAAGGAAUCACGGAGGUGAAUAUGGGCGUUUUAUUGCUUAAUUUUUUGCAACUUUACGGGCAAGAAUUCAAUUACAUGAAAACAGCUUUACGUAUUCAUAGCGGCGGAGCGUAUGUUUGCAAGGACGAAAUCUUAGUACAAAUGAAUAGACCAUCGAAUUCGAUGUUAUGUAUUGAAGAUCCUUUACAACCAGGAAACGAUAUUGGACGUUGUUCGCAUAAUAUUCAGUUAGUGCGACAGGCUUUUGAACAUGCCUUUUUCACGUUGUGCGCUGUAUUCGUUCGACCGCGUGAGUAUUCAGCAAUAUGGCGCGCCCGUUACCACGGCUCACUUUUGUCUCUUAUCCUGCACAUUUCGCCGCGAAUGAUCCGUUACAGAAAUUGGUUGAAAGGACGUGUUCUUUCAGACGAGUUAAGUAUGCCUAUCGAAUCUUUAUCGACGAUGGCUUCUCACUCUUCGAAUUCUUCGCAAACUGAGAUCAAAGUUGAGGAAUAUUUGGAAAAUUUUGUUCACUUGCAUCGUGGUGAAGACACACUUACUUGGUCCAUCAAAAUUUACCCGAAAGGCAAUGGUGAAAAUAAUAAAGACUUUGUCUUUCUAUGUCUUAAUAGAGUGGUCAGUAAUACGAACGCACCGUGCAAAAAUGGAAAAAUUGGCUUCAAAUCUCGCUUCAUUUUACGAACUAGCGAAAUGAAAGAAAUCGAAAUGCGUAUUCAUCCAAACCCCUCCCAUUCUGAUUACGUUUCGUAUAUAAAACGAGAUGUUCUCUUCCCGCAGAUAUUGCCAAAUGAUUCAAUUAUUGUGAAUGUUGAGAUAGAUGUAGCUGUAGAAACUGUUACGACAACGCUAGAGGAGAUGUUAACCAGUAAUAGCGAGCAACAGCUUACAGAAGAUUAUUUGAAAAUGUUGAAAGAUAAUGUGUUGACUGAUUUCACAAUAAAAGUGAGCGAGCGAGAAAUUAGAGUUCAUCGAGCUAUUCUCGCUGCUAGGUCUCCGGUUUUUGCUGCAAUGCUAAGGCAUGAAGACACCAAUGAAGCUAAAACGGGUGUAAUGGUAAUCGAAGAUCUGGAAUAUGAUACAGUUACGGAAAUGCUCAAUUUCAUUUACUGUGGACGCUGUUUAAGAGAUGUUAAUGAAUUUGCAUUUGCCUCCGAUUUAUUAAUUGCUGCAGACAAGUAUCGGCUUGAAGAAUUGAAAAGUCACUGUGAAAAAGCCUUGAUCCAGGCUUUGACAUUUGAAAAUGUUUGCGAAUUGCUCAUCAUUUCGGAUAUCUACAGUGCACCACGUCUUAGACAUCGUGCCGUGGAAUUUAUCAUCCAACAUCCACGAAAUAUUACAUCCACGCCGGGUUGGGACAAUGUUGUCAAACAACAUCAUGAUCUUGUCACAGAUAUCGUUCGUCACUUUGAUAAAUCAUCCGACAGAGGUAACUCGUAG